AUGUCGCUAGAUUUGCGCGCCAGACUUGAGCAUACAGUGUUGCUUGUGUGUGCUACGCUACUCGUCCAGGCUGCUACAAAUCCCCAAGGGCCGCCUCCCAAUAUUGGACCUCCGCCCAACGCUGUACCACCUGCUAACUAUGGGCCUCCCCCACCCAACUACGGACCCCCACCACCUAAUUAUGGACCUCCGCCACCCAAUUAUGCCCCACCUCCCCCAAAUUAUGGCCCACCUCCCCCAAAUUAUGCCCCACCUCCCCCAAAUUAUGGCCCACCUCCACCAAAUUAUGGCCCACCUCCACCAAAUUAUGGCCCACCUCCACCAAAUUAUGGCCCACCUCCACCAAAUUAUGGCCCACCUCCACCAAAUUAUGGUCCACCCCCGAACACAAAUUCCAACUUUGGUUUUGGAAGUUUUCCGUUACCCCCGCCUCAACCCGUACCCGUGGGACCCCCACCACAAGCAGCCAGUACUGCUGACCUGAGUCAACCGAUGCCGAUACAAGCCCGGGAUGCAGCGUCUGGUUUGAGCCCACCCCAGGGUACCAUAGAGCAGGAAUUUGAAGCCAAUGGGGCAUCGGCUCCAGCAGAUCCAUAUUAUGGCCCCCCUGAUAGGCCUUUGCUGGACGCCUAUUAUGACCGGAAUCCGAGCAGUGGCCGACCUAACGACAUCUUCGGAGGCAUGUUUGGAGGAACUGUUGGUGGCAAUCUGGCUGGAGCUUACAUCAUGAAAGAAUAUAUAUUCUAA